UUGAUUUUUGUGAAGGUGAGAGUGUGUUUUAAUUUUUUGCUGAAUUUUUUGCGUAAUAUCUAUUGGUUUGUUUUACCUUUUUUUUAUAGUUUUUUUACUUUUGAAUAUUCUAUUGUUUUUAUGAUGUGUUUAGUUGGUGUUUUUGUCUAUUGUUUGUUGUUUAGUGGAAUUGUUAGUAAGUCAAAGUAUGGUAUGUUAGGAGGUUUACGUUCCAGUAGUCAGAGCGUUUCUUAUGAGGUUGUUUUUUCUAUUUUUUUAGUUUCUUUGAUGUUUGAAUUGAAUCGUGCUCCUUUUGAUUUUUCUGAAGGUGAGAGUGAGUUAGUUAGUGGGUUUAAUGUUGAGUAUUCUAGUGUACCUUUUGUUUUGUUGUUUUUAAGGGAGUAUGGUAGUUUAUUAUUUUUUAGGGUAUUGUUUUCUGUGUUAUUUUUUAGUUUUAGUAUAUUGGCUAUUUUUUUAUUUUUUUUUCUUGUAAUUUUUGUUCGUAGGUCUUUUCCUCGUUUUCGUUAUGAUAAGAUGAUGGGUUUUUUUUGGUUUUGUCUUAUGCCUUUGGUUUUAUUUUUUUUGGUUUUUAGUGUUUUUUAUUGGUUGUGA